UGUUGAAAACGUCAAAUCGUGAACAAAUGAGCAGCCUGGAGGAAGUUACAUACGGUCUUGAUCGAUUGAUCUUCAGGGAUACUCACAUAAUAGGACAAUAUGGGGUGUCAUAUAUUGUCACACCACUGGGUAUGCCGCAGCCCCCGCUGCCACCACCUUUCUUCGCGGCGGCCGUCCCUCAGCCCCCGCCGCCACCACCACCUGUCUUCGCGGCGGCCGUCCCCCAGCCCCCGCCGCCACCACCAACCUUCGCGCGGCCGCAACGCGAGAAUGUGGUACGUUUAAAAAUAAUCGUUAACCAAAAUUAUGUCAAUAAUUUUUUAUUAGUACUUAAAAUUAAUAUAUUUCGUUAUAUUAAUUUCAGAGUAACAGGCGGCGGCGGCAGCGCGAUAACAGACGCCGCAGAAGGGCCGCGGCGGAGAAAAUAGUAGUAAGACCACCUGCGAAUCAACGAGGGUCACGAAUAAUCAAAAAUGUCUAUAUUACACAAAAUUUAAAAAAAAAUAAACUAAAAUUAUCAAGUGUAUAUUACCUUAAUUUGUAUUUCCCAUUAUACACCCUAGUCCAGAAGUUCCCCAACUUUUUAGAUCCGCAGCUCCCUUAGUAUACAGAUUACACUGACCAACAAAUUUAAACUUUUUUUAAAUUCCGCGAUAUCCAGUAGGUGAUUCUUAUAGGGUUCCACGUCCUAAAUACAAAUUUGAAAGUGAAAUUGCUCCAUCACCCUUAGUUUUC